AUGUCAGAACCAACGAGUAAUACCGACCCAUCCAACUUUUUAAGUAAUAUAAUUGGAUCAUCCGUAGUGGUGAAAUUACAUAAUGGAGUUCAAUAUGGAGGAAAUUUACAAAGUAUAGAUGGAUUUAUGAAUGUGGUUUUAGAACAUGGGAAAGAAAUCGCAGGUCAAACCACUGUGAAAUCUUAUGGAGAUGUGUUUAUCAGAGGUAAUAAUGGUAUGUAUUGA